CAUAUGCUACCCAACAUGACUCUGGGGUUUGAGAUCUAUAUUUCUCAUUAUGUUGAAACUGAUCUGUUAGAGAAUCCACUCAUCGUGCUGUCUGGCAGAAAUAAAAACAGCCCUAAUUACAGCUGCAGGAGAGAGGGCAAAGCUGUAGCAGUACUCACAGGAUCCUCAAGCACAUCUGCCCCGAUUGGAACACUGCUGGACCUCUACAAAUUUCCACAGUUCACCUUUGGGUCUUUUGAUCCUGUCCUGAGCAACCAGGAACAGUUCAGUGCUGUCUAUCAGAUGGCCUCCAAGGACUCAGCUCUAGCCCUGGGCAUGGUCUCCUUGAUGCUUCAUUUCCACUGGACCUGGGUGGGUCUGUUCAUCACCCAAGAAGACUAUGGUAUGUGGUUCCUUUCUGAAUUGAGAGAGGAGACGGGCAAGAAUGGAAUCUGUUUGGCAUUUGAACACAUGAUCACAUAUAAUGCCAUACCAAAUUUCUCAAAUGAUGCAUUGGCACAUCAAAAGAUUAUGGAAUCAUCAACCAAUGUGAUUAUCAUUUAUGGGGACAUUGAAUUUCUACUAAGCUUUAUUCUUAAAUUAGGGGACUUUUUAAUUACAGGGAAAGUCUGGGUCAUGAAUUCACCCUACGAUGAUGUGACCCUCAGUAAAAGAUAUUUCCUACUAGACUCCUUCCACGCACCUCUCUUCUUCUCUCACCACCAUGGAAACAUUUCUGACUUUACCAGUUUUAUCCCAACAUCUAACUAUUCCAAGAACUCAGAAGAUAUUUUCUUUCCUAAAUUAUGGAUUCGGGCUAUUCGUUGCAUACUGAUUAAGUCUGACUGUACAAAAUUGGGGCACUGUUUGUAUAAUGCCACAUUGGAUUGGUUGCUGGGACACAUUUUUGACACAGCCAUGUCAGAAGAGAGUUACAACAUCUACAAUGCCGUGUAUGCUGUAGCCCAUGCUCUCCACAAGAUGCUUCUUCAUCACACAGAAGAGCCACCAGUGGACAAUGAGCAAGCAAGGACAUUUCUGUCUUCGCAGCUUCAUCCCUUUUUGCAGAGAAUCCAAUUCACCAAUCCUGUCGGAGAACCAGUGGUUUUGAAUGAAGAAAGGAAGCUGGAGGCAGAGUAUGACAUUGUGAACUUUUGGAAUUUUCCAGAAGGUCUUGGACAAAGGGUGAAAGUUGGCAAGUUUUGUCCAGCAAAGAGACAAUUGAUUUUGUUUGAAAAUCUGAUAGAGUGGCCCGUAGGAAUUACCGAGACUCCUCAGUCUGUCUGCUGUGAGAACUGUGGUCCUGGAUUCAGGAAGGCCCCUCGGGAGGGAAAGGAUCCCUGUUGUUUUGACUGUGCCCCUUGCCCUGAGAAUGAGAUUUCUAAUGCAACAGACAUGGAGCAGUGUGUGAGGUGUUCAGAUCAUCAGUUCUCCAACACCAAGAGAAACCACUGCCUGCUGAAAGCUGAGAGCUUCCUGGCUUAUGAAGACUCCUUGGGGAUGGCUCUGGCCUGCAUGGCUCUCUGCUUCUCUGCAUUCACAGCUGGUGUUCUUGGGGUGUUUAUCAAGCACCAAGACACCCCAAUUGUCAAGGCCAAUAACCAGACCCUCAGCUACAUCCUACUCAUCUCCCUCACCUGCUGCUUCCUCUGCUCCUUGCUCUUCCUUGGCCGGCCCCACACAGCCACCUGCAUCCUGCAGCAGACUACAUUCGCAGUGGUCUUCACUGUGGCUGUCUCCACUGUCCUGGCCAAGACCAUGACGGUGGUUCUGGCCUUCACAGUCACUGCACCAGGGAGAAGGACGAGGCAGUUGCUGGUUUCCCGGGCACCGAACCUCAUCAUUCCCAUCUGCACCCUCAUCCAGGUGACUCUCUGUGGCAUCUGGCUGGGCACCUCUCCUCCCUUUGUGGACACAGAUGCACACUCUGAAUAUGGCCACAUCAUCAUCCUGUGCAACAUGGGCUCCAUCAUUGCCUUCUACUGUGUCUUAGGAUACCUGGGGUCCCUGGCCCUGGCCAGCUUCACUGUGGCUUUCCUGGCCAGGAACCUGCCUGACACCUUCAAUGAGGCCAAGUUCCUGACCUUCAGCAUGCUGGUGUUCUGCACUGUCUGGCUCACCUUCCUGCCUGUCUACCAGAGUACCAAAGGGAAGGUCAUGGUGGCCGUGGAGGUCUUCUCCAUCUUGGCCUCCAGUGCGGGCCUCCUGGGCUGCAUCUUUGCCCCCAAGUGUUACAUCAUCUUGAUAAGACCUGAGAGAAAUUCUCUGCACAGGCUCAGGGAGAGAUCCCAAUCUCAAAGAAAUAAACCUUAA